CCGGAUCCUUCCGAACUCAGAGCCUCAAGCUGCAGCCCCCUCAGCGGCCGAGUUUUGACGUUUCCUAUUGUUGCCGGAAGUGACGUCAGAGUUCAGAGGCUUCAGAAAGUAUUUUCAUCUCCAUGGUCUACGAUUCGCCACAGGGUCUCGGCUCCUCACUUCCCAGUUCGAGCCCCUCUGAGCCUCAGAACUGGGUAGACUUCCAAUCUGCACCUUAGGAUCUGACUAAAUGUAGAAAAACCUCUCGGCAGAACGAGUCUUCCCAGGGCUCUGGAUAGACAUCCCGUGGAAUCUGCGGCGGAGAAUCCGGGGACGUGGGGGAGCCGACAGCUUUGAAGGUCCUGCAGCGGUGCUCCGAAUACAAACGGUCGGCGCGAGAAGCGCGCCCCGGCACCGCCGUCGGGCCGCAGGGACUCGUUGCUGGAGGCUGGGCUCCCGGAUUCUCGGGCUGCAUAUGCUACCACCUCCUUUGCCCGUUGUGCGGGGCUAGAAGCCUUCGGAACCCUUUCUUUGCUGGGCCGUUCUGGGUGAGCGCGGGGGAGCCGACGGGGCUGCGCCCGGGAUUUGGCGGGGGUUGCCUCUCUUCGCUGCCCUAACCGAAGCCCUGGGAGAGGUGGAAAUCCCAGCUGUACUUCUAUCAUACUCUUCUUCAGAAUAUUUAUUCUGCUGGUACAGAAGAGGAUGUGUUCCAGGGAUAUACUUUGUUGUCAGAAAUUCCAUUACCAGAGUGGCUUCAUUUGAGAGGAGCAGCAUUCCCAGAGGAUUCAAUACUCAAGGUGAAAAAUUAGAUAAUUUGCAAAGCUGGAGUUGAAUCAAACGUUAAAUAAUGGCAACAGGUGACUUAAAAAGAAGCUUACGGAACUUAGAACAAGUGCUUCGCUCGCUAAAUUAUCCUAGAGAGGUGGAUUGUGUAGGUUUGGUAAAGGGAGAUACAGCAGCCUCUCUGCCCAUCAUCAGCUAUUCCCUUACCUCAUACUCACCCUAUGUAGCAGAACUGCUGGUCGACUCCAACGUUGAGCUCCUAGCAAAGAAUGACUUGCGCUUCAUAGAUACUGUCUAUAAGCUUCUUCGUGAUCAAUUUAAUUAUAAACCAAUCUUGACAAAAAAGCAGUUUAUUCAGUGUGGAUUUGCAGAAUGGAAAAUCCAAAUUAUAUGUGAUAUUUUGAAUUGUGUGAUGAAAAAGCACAAGGAGUUGAGUAGUCUUGAGAAGACUCCAUCACAACAAAGAAAAAAAACCAGUUCUGCUAAGUCAGAACCUUGUUCAAGUGCUGAGAAGACAUCUACUGAACCUGUGGGCAUUGAUGUCACUGGCAGAUUUAUGACUUCAGGAAAGAAGAAAGCUGUGGUGAUCCGACACCUGUACAAUGAAGAUGGUGCUAACAUUCCUGAAGAUACAGAAACAGAUGUUAACGAAGCAUUUGAUGUUUGUGACUUAAAGGCUGCUGAAAUAACAAUUCCUGAAUUACAGGUUUCUGACAUUAACUGUGAGCAACAAGAUAUAAAAGUCAAUCCUGAGGUUACUGCAUUACAGUCUAUGCUUGCUGAAUGCCAAGAAAAGCUUAAGAAACUGACUUGCAUAGAAAGUAGAUUAGAAUCUUUGGAAGAAAAAAUGAAAGGGAAAGUGAUGGUGAAUGAAAAAACCUGGGCCAAUCUUCUGAGUCGUGUCACCCUUCUCGAAACAGAAAUGCUUUUAUCUAAAAAGAAUGAUGAAUAUGUAGAGUUUAAUGAGAUGAGUGAAGACUAUGCUUCCAGUAGUGACAUGGACAGUCUCAAUCCAGAUAGAAAAAGCAAAGAGGAAAGGCAUGCAAAUAUUCCUUUGUCCUCUGGUUAUAGUACGGUGUCAUCAGAUUCAACUCCCAGAACCUCAACUGUUAAUUACUGUGGUUUGAAAGAGUUCUCAGAGGAAACAACAAUGCAGAAAAUGGAAAGGAUGAAAAAAAUAACCUUCCCACUUGGAGUGUCCCAUCCUCUUGUUCCCACCCUGGCCGGCUGCGUUCUAGGCCUCCUCCAUCCAGCUCGUCCUGGACUCUCCCGGGUCCCUCUCCCGGGUUGCCUCUUCAUUUCUGGCACCCCACGUCUCCCUUCCCUUGCUGCACUCGGAUGUUUUAGGGGAGCUCCUCCGCUAAACCCAAAGCCCCUUCUUCAGCAGCAAGUCUCUCAGUAGGUGGACCUUCACCCUCCGCUUUUCCUUCCUGCAGCAUCACCCUUGUCCAUCUGAUUUCCAUUUUCCACCAGCUCAUGAAAACCCCUGCUAAUGGCCCCUCACCCAUAUUCCUCAUGUGGGUUUAUAACUUACCUAUACCUCUGUCAUGGUAAAUGGAAUGGAGGGGCCACGGGCAGGGAAAUACAUGCUUUCUUCGAAUAGAAAACGUGCUUCAUUCACUCAAAUAUUUUCAUUGACUUUACCACACAAAAAUACAAAAUUAGGGCAAGAUUACUAGAAAAAUAUUCAGAUAUGACAAAGCACCCAUCCUUACUUUCCUCCCAUCCUCAAUUAAGUCCGCACAAAUGUAAAGGACUGUGUAACCAGAGUAGUGAAAGGGACAAACAUGGGCUGAAGAUGUAGGAAUUAAAAUGUAGUUCAACAGUGAAAACUAGGAAAAAGCUGGGCAGGGCAAAUAGGAUAGUUCUGUAGGGUUGGUAAGGAUU